GGAAUGAUAGACUCUAUGACCCCUUUGUAGUGCACUACGGAGGGUUUUUCUAUAACAAGGAAGUGGUCGGUGUACGAAAGGUGUACGUUGCCUAGCAACUAGGGUCCACUUACAGCAAGCGCUUCAGUUGGAAUUGCUGUUUUUUAUUUUCCUCAAAAAGGAUCAAAAAGCGUAAAAGAAGAAGUAUAAAGGAAGCAUGUCACGUAACCCCUCCAAAGCUCGAGCUGAUAAAAGUCGUGCCACAUCGGCCCAGCCUCCUCCUCCCACUCAACCCGAGGAAGUAGAGAACAGUGUGGACCUGGGACCUUCUCUCAAGUCUGAGUUCCUGACUAUGAUAGCUCACGAAGAAGGAGAGGAAAUCGUGUCAGAGAUCAUGGAUGAACUCAUGGCCCAUGUGAUGGAGAAGUGUUAUGAAGUGUACCUUAAGAAACAGAUAGUGCCAUUUACUGUGACCUGGGUGAAUAAUAUCAUCCUCCAGCUAAUAAAAUGGCAGCAUCUUGAACGUGAUGAAGGUGACGAUGUAAACACAGCCUUAAUCCUGGAGGAAGACACAGAACCUAUACCUACAUUUCCAGAUUCCUGGAGUGUAGGCUGCUUGUCAAUUAUGAAAGUCACAAAUUAUAUACAGGAGGUAAAGCCUGACAUGCAGAAUGCUGACAUUACAGGUCUGCAAAAUAUGCAGAAAACCCAGCCAAUAAACAAAACAGAAUCUUCCCCAAGGAAACCACGAAGAAACGGCAGAACCACGAAACCAGUCCCUGCAUCUAGUGCAAAGAUCGAAUCGGAAAGAAAACCACGUCCACCCCAGAGAUUUUCACCAAAUAAACUGAAACCUCCAGAAAAAUAAAUUGCAACAUAAGGAGUAAUUGUUUAAAAACAACCUAAAGUUUUUCCACUUCAAGACCACAAGAUGUAUACCAGGUGCCUCAGCAUUCUUUCAUAUGAAAGAAUGUUGCAGGAGGUUCACUCAUAAGCUGGGAGUUUUAUCAGUUACAUUCUUGGCGAAUGACUUCAAAAAUAACAAGCGUUUAAUACUUAUGCACAGACAAUGUUAGAUUUUUUAUGCUUUAAACAAAAUACUGAUUUUAAAAAUUAAAAAUAGCUGUAUUCUGGGCUACAUGGUUUUAGAGAUGUAAACAAUUGCUAUAAUGAUAUCAGGAAAAAUGUAAAAUAUACUUAAAAAAAAAAAAAAAAAUGAACUCUUGGCUUGUUUAAAGGAUCAACAUUCAUCAUGCUGUGACUUUAUAAACGAUUUACAGCCCAAAACAGCAUGUUUUUCAGCAGAUCGUCUUGAUGCCUAAAUGCAUUGAGUUGCUGUAAUGUGAUUGGCUGAUUAGAAAUUUGCAUUAACAAGCAGUUGGACAGGUGUACCUAAUAAAGUGGCCGAUGAGUGUAGUUCAAAAGUCAGAUUUUAUUCCAAAAAGUAGUUUUAUCCCAAUGGCUGUGAAUUACAUCAUAAAUUAUCAAUAACAUUAUGGAACAAAGAAUAAAAUGUAACUUUAAGAUGCUUUAAAAGAGAGGGUAAUAUAGAUAAAUAAUAAUAAUAUAAAUAUCAAUAUUAUUAUAAUUAUAAAAUUGAUUCUGACUUAACAGGAAGCCAAUAAAGAGGGGAAAUAUAAUCACUGUUUUUGUUUCCUGUUAAAAUCUAACUGUUAAAGUUUGCACAAGCUGCAAUUGAGAUAAGGCAUUUAAGGAACGUGAUGGUUACAAAUUUAAAAUUUUUGUAUUUUGACCCAAUGUUACAUUAAAUUUUUUUUUGUUUAAA